GCGCCGCGCGCCGCUAGAGUCUCACAGGCAGUUCAGAAACCUCCUUGGACACGGCACGAUGGGCAAAAAGGGCAAGAAAGAGAAGAAGGGCCGUGGGGCGGAGAAGACGGCCGCUAAGAUGGAGAAGAAAGUGUCCAAGCGUUCGCGGAAGGAGGAGGAGGACCUGGAAGCCCUCAUAGCCCACUUCCAGACUCUUGAUGCCAGAAAGACUCAGGUCGUGGAGACACCCUGCUCGCCACCUUCCCCACGGUUAAAUGCCUCCCUCUCCACUCAUCCUGAGAAAGAUGAAUUAAUCCUUUUCGGAGGUGAAUAUUUCAAUGGCCAAAAAACUUUUCUAUAUAAUGAACUCUAUGUCUACAAUAUCCGGAAGGACAGCUGGACCAAAGUGGAGAUCCCCAACCCGCCUCCAAGGCGCUGUGCUCACCAGGCCGUGGUGGUGCCCCAGGGUGGUGGGCAGCUGUGGAUCUUCGGUGGGGAGUUUGCCUCUCCUGAUGGAGAGCAGUUUUACCACUACAAGGACCUCUGGGUGCUGCAUUUGGCCACCAAGACCUGGGAGCAAGUCAGGUCACCAGGUGGUCCUUCAGGCCGGAGUGGACAUCGGAUGGUGGCCUGGAAGAGACAGUUGAUCCUUUUUGGUGGCUUCCACGAGAGUACAAGAGAUUACAUCUAUUACAAUGAUGUGUAUGCCUUCAACCUGGACACUUUCACAUGGAGCAAGCUGUCCCCAUCCGGGACUGGGCCCACACCCCGGUCGGGCUGCCAGAUGACCGUCACCCCUCAGGGCGGCAUCAUCGUCUAUGGUGGCUACUCAAAACAGAGAGUCAGGAAGGAUGUGGACAGAGGCACCCAGCACUCUGACAUGUUCCUGCUGAAGGCUGAGGAGGGGAGAGAAGACAAGUGGUCAUGGACACGGAUUAACCCUUCUGGAGCCAAGCCCACGCCGAGAUCCGGAUUCUCGGUGGCUGUGGCCCCAAACCAUCAGACGCUGCUCUUCGGAGGGGUGUGUGAUGAGGAGGAGGAGGAGAGCCUGGAGGGGGACUUCCUCAACGACCUGCACUUCUACGACCCCGCCAGGAACCGCUGGUUUGCAGGGCAGCUGAAGGGGCCCAAGGCGGAGAAGAGGAGGCGCAGGCGGGGUAGAAAGGCGGAGCCCGGGGGCGCCGACAAGCAGGAAGUGAAGGGGCCCAGUGCCCAGGAGCCCCUGGAGGUAGUCAGGGAGGUGGUCUCAGAGGACGGGACCGUGGUCACCAUCAAACAGGUGCUAGCUGCCCCGGGGGCGGCGGGACAGCUGGAGUCGGAGGACGAUGACAGCCCCGAGGAGGCAGGUGUUGCCUCGGUGGAGCCCAGCCCCCGCUCCAACGCCAUGCUGGCCGUGAAGCACGGGCGCCUCUACCUCUAUGGCGGCAUGUUUGAGGCCGGCGACCGCCAGGUGACCCUCAGUGACCUCUACUGCCUGGACCUCCAUAAGAUGGAGGAGUGGACGGUCUUGGUAGAGAUGGACCCAGAAUCUCAGGAGUGGCUGGAGGAGACCGACUCGGACGAGGACAGCGAGGAGGCUGAGGGUGCCGAGGGCGGCGGGGAGGAGGCCGAGGAGGAGGAGGAGGAGGAGGACAGCGGCGAGGAGGGCGGGGAGGAGCACCCCUCAGUGGCACCGGGCGAGCUGUUCACAGACUACCUGCCCAGGACGGAGCAGCACUGGCUGAGGUGUGCGCGGGAUGACAUCGGGCCUGGCGCCCCAGAGAGGAGGGUGCUGCGGGCCGCGCAGGCCCUGGCCCAGGCCUUCUACGAUGGCUCGGCCUGAGCGCACUCCGGCCGGAAGGUGGACCGUGGGAGGCGCGGUCCCCUGCAGCUUAAAAUAAACUGAUCUGGCCCGAG